AAACACCUAUUUAUACUCUUAAUGAGUACUUUUUGAAACCAUUCUGAAGAGGCUGACGAUUUGACUAUCUCAUUUUUUUGCUUUCUGCAGAAUGGGUUCUGGGUGGGUCCCCUGGGUGGUGGCUCUGCUAGUGAAUCUGACCAGACUGGAUUCCUCCAUGACUCAAGGCACAGACUCUCCAGAAGAUUUUGUGAUUCAGGCAAAGGCUGACUGUUACUUCACCAACGGGACAGAAAAGGUGCAGUUUGUGGUCAGAUUCAUCUUUAACUUGGAGGAGUAUGUACGUUUCGACAGUGAUGUGGGGAUGUUUGUGGCAUUGACGAAGCUGGGGCAGCCAGAUGCUGAGCAGUGGAACAGCCGGCUGGAUCUCUUGGAGAGGAGCAGAGAGGCCGUGGAUGGGGUCUGUAGACACAACUACAGACUGGGCGCACCCUUCACUGUGGGGAGAAAAGUGCAACCAGAGGUGACAGUGUACCCAGAGAGGACCGCACUCCUGCACCAGCAUAAUCUGCUGCACUGCUCUGUGACGGGCUUCUAUCCAGGGGACAUCAAGAUCAGGUGGUUCCUGAAUGGGCAGGAGGAGAGAGCUGGGGUCAUGUCCACUGGCCUUAUCGGGAAUGGAGACUGGACCUUUCAGACUGUGGUGAUGCUAGAAAUGACUCCUGAACUUGGAGAUGUCUACACCUGCCUUGUCCAUCACUCCAGUCUACUGAGCCCCGUUUCUGUGGAGUGGAGAGUUCAGUCUGAAUAUUCUUGGAGAAAGAUGCUGAGUGGCAUUGCAGCCUUCCUACUUGGGCUAAUCUUCCUUCUGAUGGGAAUCAUCAUCCAGCUUAGGGCUCAGAAAGGAUAUGUGAGGACACAGAUGUCUGGUGAUGAGGUCUCAAGAGCUGUUCUGCUCCCUCAGCCAUGCUGAGGUCCUGACUGAAGCUUCUCUCCCUGGAGCCUGAAGUAGUGAUGAGUAGUCUGGGCCGUGGGCGAGGUAAAGGACAUCCAUGAGGUCAAUGUUCUGGGAAUAACCCUCUUCCCUGAUCCUUGGAGGAGCCUAAACUGAUUCUGGAGCUCUGUGUUCUGAGAUCAUGCAUCUCCCACGCAUCUGCCCUUCUCCCUUCUACAUGUAUAUCAUUAACCCCAUUGCCAAGGACACUGUCCAGAAACUCCCCUAAGACCUUACUCCUUCCAGCCCCAAAUCAUUUACUUUUCUGUGGUCCAGCUGUAUUCCUAUAAGUCAUGAUCUCCAAAGCUUUCUGUCUUCCAACUGCAGUCUCCACAGUCUUCAGAAGACAAAUGCUCAGGUAGUCACUGUUUCCUUUUCACUGUUUUUAAAAACCUUUUUGUUGUCAAAUAAAAUGGAGAUACAAAAAAUGUA